UGGCCCAAAACUGGACGUUGACCCAAGAGCGGUCAUUGUUGACCCAGGACGGGUCAUCGUUGGCCCGAGAGUGGACACUGACCCAAAAUCGGUCAUCGUUGGGUCAAGAUCGGUCAUUGUUGGGUCCGGACCAGACAUUGACCCAAGAAGGGCCAUCGUUGGGUCAGGAUCGGACAUUGAGCCAGGACCAGUCAUCGUUGGGUCAGGACUGGACAUUGAGCCAGGACCGGUCAUCGUUGGGCCAGGAUCGGUCAUCGUUGGGUCAGGACCGGACAUUGAGCCAGGACCGGUCAUCGUCGGGUCAAGAGGGGCCAUUAUUGGCCCAAAACUGGACGUUGACCCAAGAGCGGUCAUUGUUGACCCAGGACGGGUCAUCGUUGGCCCGAGAGUGGGUCAUCGUUGGCCCAAACAAGGCCAGCGGCCCGAGGGACAUCGCCGUUGUCCCUUGAGAUGACCCCGUGGGGACAAGGCCGGACACUGACCCAAGACUGGACAUUGACCCAGGAGCGGUCACUGGCCCAAGAGCGGUCACUGGCCCAAGAGCGGUCACUGCUGACUCAAUACCGGUCACUGGCCCCAGACCGGCCACCACUGGCCCAGGACCAGACAUUGACCCCAGACCGGACACUGGCCCCAGAGCGGUCACCACUGGUCCCAGACCGGACACUACUGGCCCAAGACCAGACACUGACCCCAGACCAGUCACUGGCCCAGGACCGGUCACCACUGGCCCCAGACCGGCCACAACUGGCCCAAGACCAGACAUUGACCCCAGACCGGACACUGGCCCCAGAGCGGUCACCACUGGUCCCAGACCGGACACUACUGGCCCAAGACCAGACACUGACCCCAGACCAGUCACUGGCCCAGGACCGGUCACCACUGGAGGAGCCCCAAGUCCCCGACGAGGUCCCCAAAAAGGGGCCGGGGGUCGCCGCGGAAACGGCGCCAGGUGGCCCCGAAAACGUCCCCAAAAAUGUCCCCGAGGGGGCAGCGGGACCCGUCCCCAAAAAUGUCCCCAAAAUCCUGCAGGGGGUCCCCAAAAAG